GGCUUGGCAUGCUCAUGUAAACAGAGCACCUCUACCAAAUCUUGGUGAAGGCUAAGAGAAGGACAGAAGUCGGAUCAUGUCAGACCGCUGCCAUCUGCCGACACUGGGUUCCGUGUGCUGUGGUGUAUAAUGGGCAGACCGGUGCCCGGUGUGUUGCUGCGUGUCACCGAGGUGCUCCCGCAGGUGGACUAGUCAGACAGGUUUGACCUAGAAGUCGCAACUGUUCACUCAUUUCUGAAGGCAAUGUAGGAAAGUUAUCAUGAAGGUAGCAGCAACGUUAGCGCUUCUGCAGUUGUAUAUUUCUGCAACAGCUGAACUCGUUACAGCGGAAGUUUCGGGUAAUGUCUCAACCGAAACGGCCCUGUCAGCUUCACCGGGUGACAUCGUUAUACUUCCGUGUUACACAGCAGGUAAAGUAACACCGGUGGUAACGACAUGGACCAAAAAUGGACGGGAAAUCGUUACAGUCGGAGAUCCCACUCGGCGCCUCAUCGUGAACCCUGAUGGGAGUUUGAACAUCAGCGCGACGAUGCCUGGAGAUGAGGGGAUUUACCUGUGCAACUCCACACUAUCUGUCAACAGCUCCUUCCUGGCACGUGUGCUGCUUCAAGUAACAAGUGGACCAGAAAAUGUGUCUACAUCCAUCAGUCUUGCCACUGCACUGUCCAAUGGGACCUUUUACACAUAUCGGGGUUCAUCCGUUACUUUAAGGUGCUCCGGCUCCUCCUACCCGUCUCAGCACCUGACCUGGGCCUUCAGAGGUGACUCGUCAAGCAACGACUCGCUGGUUUCGGUCUCUGGAUCGUCCCUGGAAUUCACCAUACAAAACAUUCAGCCCAGCGCUCAAGGAGUUUACAGCUGCAGGGCCCACAACCCUGUUUCAAAUGUGACAGUAAACAGUAGCACGGAGCUGCUCGUGUACUACGUCUCAGAUAGACACCCUGAGUGUAAAUGGACACUGACACAGAACAUCUCUCUAGUCCAGUUCACCUGCACUUGGUUGGAAGUUUAUCCCACCCCAAAGCUACGUUGGGAUAUGGGACCAUUCCAGGUGGCGGACAGCCUCAAUGUUACGAUGAGCCGCUCCACGCUGUCAGACGGGCAGACCGUGAAAUGCACAGCCCAGCCCCAGCACCUCGGCUCAGAAAAAGAGAAGUCGUGUUCGUUUACCCUCGAGCUUCCCUUCCCCGAAGGCGAACCAAUGGUCUCUGCUCUGGAGGCAAGCAACGUAACACUCGCAUGCACUGAGACCACGUCCAAGCCUCCUGCAAUUACCACAUGGAGAAAGGGAUUACAGCUGGACUACAUUGAAUCUGGAUCAAAAUACAUCCUGUCUUUGGAAGGCCCGGUCUUCAAGCUGACCAUAGUAAACGUCACUAAGGAGGACGAAGGCUUCUAUUUCUGCCACAGUGAGAACCCGCUCGGACUACGCGAGCUGGAAGUGGAGCUCACUGUGAAGACAGCCUCUUCCGCGUACACAGGAGCGGUCAUCGGCAUAUUUAUAGCAGCACUGAUUGUGGGGUCAGCUGUCAUCAUAGCCAAAAUUGUCUACAACAGCAGAGACCGGAUUUGCCUGGGUGGCUUUGGGCAAGUGGAGGACGACAGUGGAGACGUUCUGAGUCUGGUGGAGUCGGAUGACGAACAAGUCUUCCAAGAUGCAGUUCCCAGGCUGCCUCCAAUAACCAACGGACAUCACACAACACUUGUGCAGAUACAUCGAAUCCCAUCGAGUGAUCACGGGGAUGCAGAAACUGCUGACACAAGUCCACAGCAGCGGGAGGAUACCAUACAGACGGAAGAGCCAGUGCAACUUGUAGAAUUUUAGGUAUUGGGGAUUUUUUUUUUUUUUUUUUAGAGCAAUGUUUAGUUUUAGAUAAAUUUACUCCUGAAGAGAAUGUGAACAGAAUCGGUGGCAGAAACCUUUUUGUCCUUCCUUUCUAUUUUUUUUUUUUUAAGAUUCUAUAUUUUUUGUAAAUUAAUUUUGAUUGAUUUGUUUAUACAGUAUGUAAAAAUAAAUAAAUGUAAUACAGUAAAUGUGUUUGAACAAAUAUUCUUUGCAUGUUUUUAUGAGUUUUGUAUUUUUUAAAGGUGUUCACUAUGUACACUAUGCAGACCAAUAUAUGUGACCUUUGACUAUCUCGGUCUAGAAUGCAACUCUGCUGCAGAACUAUUUUUUUUUUGUUUUAAAUGCAGCAGAGUCAGUUCGUCACUUGUCUGGGAUUUAUGCUACGUGUGAAACAAACUUGACUCACUCACUUGAAAAUAUUUACACAUGUACAGAUCUACGUGAGAGGGAAAACUGAAAUUAAAAACUCUAAAGGGUUUGACAAAAAAUUGGUUGAUUUACACAAAAUUAUUCAAUAUUAUUAGAAUUUAUUAUUAGUGUCCUUUUAAUGCAAAAGUACAAUUGAGUCUCUCGUUCACCUUCUCAGUUUUUAUAAAGAAGAUUUUACUGGAUAAUUAAUAGUCUAAAUAAUUCACUGUGUAAAACCAUCAAAAUCAUAUAAAAUAUGUAAUGCUGUUGUGUUUCUUUUAAAGGAGACAGAUGGAUCAUUUGAAUGGCACUUUAAAUCCAAACAGUCUGCAGGCUUUAAUAAUGCAUUAGGCUGUUAAAGGGAGAUCCAGCCUCACACGUAACUGUCUGGAAAUAGGUCCUCUGAUAUAUUAAUAAUUCAUGGUACAUAUUUAAGAUGAUGUGUACACAGUACAGAGACUUUUUCACUCCUUUUGAGGCAGCUAUAAUGUUAUUCUACGGCUAUGAUCACAUCAAGUUUGUAUAUUUUUCUUUUACAUUAAAACAAACCUUAAUAGUCACACAUGGACACCAACUGAAGAAGAAUUUACCGGUUAGAAAAAGAACAGGAGACACUGCGACAUGAAAUGAACAUGUAUAAAAUAAAAAAAUGUUAUGGAUCGUCAGGUAUUUAAACUGUUUUCAUGCACUUUGUAUAGAAAGUUGUUCUGAAAGGGUUUUUUUUUUUUUGUUAUUGUACAGAUAUUUGAUACUUGAUUUGCAGGACAGAACC